AUGGAUAAGAAGAGACAAUUUAAAGGCCCACCACCAAAAAAGUUUAAAUCACAAGAUGACGACGGAGACGAUGAAACGCCUUGUAGUUUUGAGGAUACUCUCGCAGGAAUGGAGACAGAGUUUGAUUCCGCGGAAAUAUUUGGUGAAGGUCCAGAAAAUCAGUCUACGAACAUAAAAUGGUCUAGACCCUCCCCACCCCCACUGGAUCCAAAUAAAGACUCACUUAUUUUUCAACAAUUAGAUAUUGAUCAUUACAAUGGGCAACCACUACCUGGUAUGCCAGGAUCUCAAUUAGCUCCAGUGCCAAUCAUGAGAAUGUAUGGUGUUACGAUGGAUGGAAACUCUGUUUGUUGUCAUGUUCAUGGUUUUACACCAUAUUUCUAUGUAACAGUUCCAACAAAUUUUACAGACAAUAUGUGUAUGGAGAUGAAAACAAGUCUUAAUAAAGUUAUCUUAGAAGAUUUACGUUCUAAUAAAAAUAAUAUUCAAGAAACUGUUUUAGAAGUAUGUUUAGUAAAAGCUCGUUCAAUUAUGUACUACAAAGGUGACCAUGAUAUAAAAUUUGCAAGAGUAUCCGUAGCAUUACCUAGAUUAAUAGCUGCUGCAAAACGUCUUAUUGAAAAGCAACCUACAUUAUUUGGAUUAAUGGACCCUUCAUUCUAUGAAACAAAUAUAGAUUUUGAUAUAAGAUUUAUGGUAGAUACUUACGUAGUUGGUUGUAGUUGGAUUGAGCUACCAAUUGGGAAAUGGUCAUUAAGAUCAAAAAAUACACAUGUUAAACCUGAGUCAAGGUGCCAAAUUGAAGUAGAUGUUGCUUGGAAUGUCUUUGUUUCACACCAACCUGAAGGCGAAUGGUCAAAAGUUGCACCUUUUAGGAUAUUAAGUUUUGAUAUAGAAUGUGCUGGUAGAAAGGGUAUUUUCCCUGAACCUAAUCAUGAUCCUGUAAUUCAAAUUGCUUCCAUGGUAAUCAGACAAGGUGAAACGGAACCAUAUCUUAGAAAUGUAUUUACCUUAAACACAUGUGCUCCUAUUGUAGGUUCUCAAGUACUCAGUUUUCAGUCAGAAUCAGAAAUGCUUGCCAAAUGGUCAGAUUUCUUUCGAGAACUAGAUCCUGAUAUAAUUACAGGAUACAACAUUAGUAAUUUUGAUUGGCCAUAUCUUAUCAACAGAGCAAAACAUUUGAAGGUUGACAAAUUUGAUUUUUUGGGCCGAAUAAGAAAUAUAAGGUCAGUUAUUAAAGAUUCAGUUUUACAAUCUAAACAAAUGGGUCGUAGAGAAAAUAAAAGCAUUAACUUUGAAGGUAGGGUUCCUUUUGAUCUAUUGCUUGUGCUUGUUAGAGAUUACAAACUAAGAUCAUAUACUUUAAAUGCUGUUAGUUAUCAUUUUCUCCAAGAACAAAAAGAAGAUGUGCAUCAUAGCAUCAUAACUGACUUACAGAAUGAAAAUGAGCAAACAAGAAGAAGGUUAGCAAUGUAUUGUUUGAAGGAUGCAUAUUUACCACUAAAACUUUUAAACAAACUGAUGUGUAUUGUAAAUUACAUGGAAAUGGCAAGAGUAACUGGUGUUCCUUUAUUAUGUCUUUUGACACGAGGUCAGCAAAUUAAAGUAGUAAGUCAACUUUUACGUAAAGCUAAAGAAGCAGGGUAUUUAAUGCCAGCCUACCAAGGUCAGGGUUCAGAUGAUCAGUUUGAAGGAGCAACAGUAAUUGAACCCAAAAAAGGAUACUACGCUGAUCCUAUAUCAACUUUAGACUUUGCUUCUUUGUAUCCAAGCAUUAUGAUGGCUCACAACUUGUGCUAUACAACAUUAUUACCUCCAAAUAUGCAAAAAGAACUAAAUUUAAUUUCAGAUGAUAUAACUGUUACACCUGCAAAAAAUAUGUUUGUUAAAGCAAAUAUUAGAAAAGGCCUAUUGCCAGAAAUUUUGGAGUCAUUAUUAGCUGCUAGAAAAAAAGCUAAAGCAGACUUAAAAGAAGAAAAAGACCCUUUCAAAAGAUCUGUUUUAGAUGGCCGACAAUUGGCAUUAAAAAUAAGUGCUAAUUCGGUAUAUGGAUUUACAGGUGCACAAGUAGGUAAACUACCUUGUUUAGAAAUAUCAGGUAGUGUAACAGCUUAUGGUAGAACUAUGAUUGAAUUUACAAAGUCUGAAGUGGAAAAGAAAUAUACAAAAAUUAAUGGCUACAAAGAAGAUGCUGUUGUCAUAUAUGGAGAUACGGAUUCAGUUAUGGUUAAAUUUGGUGUUAAAACAUUAGAAGAGAGUAUGGAGUUAGGCAGGGAGGCUGCUGAAUUCGUAACUUCUAAAUUUGUGAAACCUAUAAAGCUAGAAUUUGAAAAAGUGUAUUAUCCAUAUCUGCUUAUUAAUAAAAAAAGAUAUGCAGGACUUUACUUUACUCGGCCAGAUAAAUAUGAUAAAAUGGAUUGCAAAGGUAUUGAGACAGUCCGACGAGAUAACUGUCCACUUGUUUCUAACAUGAUGAGUACUUGUCUUCAAAAGUUACUGAUAGAUAGAGAUCCAGAAGGUGCAGUUAAUUAUGCAAAGCAAAUCAUUUCUGAUUUGCUCUGUAAUCGUAUAGAUAUUUCUCAGCUAGUUAUCACAAAGGAAUUGACUAAAAGUGAUUAUGCAGCUAAACAGGCUCAUGUUGAGUUGGCAGCUAAAAUGAAAAAACGAGAUGCAGGUACAGCACCAAAACUUGGUGAUAGAGUACCUUACGUUUUAUGUUGUGCUGCUAAAAAUACACCUGCAUACAUGAAAGCUGAAGACCCAAUAUAUGUUUUGGAAAAUAGUAUACCUAUUGAUUUUAAUUAUUAUUUAGAAAACCAAUUGUCCAAACCGCUAUUGAGAAUUUUUGAACCAAUUCUAGGAGAUAAAGCAGAAUCACUUUUAUUAAAAGGGGAACAUACUAUGACUAAAGCGAUGGUUACCUCAAAAGUAGGUGCCUUAGCAGCUUUUACCAAGAAAAAAGAAAAAUGUAUAGGUUGCAAAACUAUAAUGCCUAAUGACACUAAAAACGCAUUGUGUAACCACUGUUUGAAUAAAGAAGGACAGCUAUACAUAACAGAAAUAUUUAAACAAAGGCAACUACAAGAAAAGUUUUCAAGACUUUGGACUGAGUGUCAAAGAUGCCAGGGAAGUUUACAUGAGGAAGUUUUGUGUACAAAUAGAGAUUGUACAAUUUUUUAUAUGAGGAAAAAAGUAGGAAUGGAGUUGGAUACUCAAGAGAAGACUGUUCUAAGAUUUGGUGAACCAGUUUGGUAA